GGAUGAGGUGGGUACAAUGGCAACAUAGAUUGCCUGAGUUACUUUCCCUUAGUGGUAAAAAAAUUUGGACCUCAGAAAACAGAUUAGAAACAGAAGAUUCUGUGGAAAUUAGCUAUCUUAUUAGAUACUAAAGUAACCCUCAAACAGAGAUUCAUCAAGGUUCCAUUUCAUGCUGCAGAUCUGCCACCUAUUUUCUUGUGCCUUUUUGGCUUCUAAUCUACCAUUUUCUUUGAUACCCACAAAAUUUUUCACCAUAUUAUCUUUUGGGAGAGAAUUGUUAGGGUUUUGAAGAUUUGUGCAGUGCUGUGUGACAGGAUGGUAGGAGCUAUAUUGGUCAGUGGAUCAUUCACUGACUCAUGUUCAUGCCCAUGUUUGUUCCAGGUCUCCAUAUCUUCAAGCAGACUGAAUAUGAAGAGGAAUGGGAACUUGGGUCUGUACAAGAACUCAAUGGAUAGGAGGCAAUUGAAUAAGCUCAGAUCAGUGGAUUUGAACAGUUCUUUCUUGGAUUCAUGGUAUGAGUGGCGAUUGUCCACAAAGAUUCUUUCAUGUAUUGCAUAUGGGUGUGCAAGGAAGCAGAGGAAGUUUCAGUACCUGAGUGUUGUUGAUGAGUUGGGAGGACAGUAUGAGGACACCUUCAAUGAUGUGAAAACGCAAAUGAUCAACUACUUCACAUAUAAAGCUGUAAGGACUGUUCUUACCCAACUCUAUGAGAUGAACCCAACGCAGUACAUGUGGUUUUACAACUUUGUUGCUACGAACGAGCCAAAUGAAGGAAAGCGUUUCAUUCAGACUCUAGUGAAGGAAAACCAGGAACUUGCUGAAAGAGUAAUGGUAACACGCCUUCACCUAUAUGGCAAAUGGAUCAAGAUUUGUGAUCAUGCUGAAAUAUAUAAAGAAAUCUCUGAUGAGAACUUAGAGUUGAUGCGAGAACGGCUCAUGGAAACCAUUAAAUGGCCAUCUGAUGAAACAAAUACAGAGAAAGAGUGAUGGGGUUAUGCUUCUCUCCUCAGUUUGCCAUUUUUGUCUUCCAUGUCCUUGAUCUCUCAGUAACAAGCUCCUGAUCCAUCGGUUUAGGCUUGAAGGGCUUUUGUUCAUUAUAUUUUCUGCAGUCUAAUGAGAAACUCUGCUGCGAUAUAGUUUUUGAUCUGUACAUCUAUACAUGUUAUCCACCAUUAUUGAAAGUUUUUGAGAGGUAGAAAAUUUAUGUAUAUUGUUGGAAUAUGUGGCUAAAAUCCAUCGAUAUUAAUUAAGUCACGGUUGAUAGUUAGAUUCGGAA